AUGGCAGAGGUUCACCGUAGCGCGACACAUUCCGCACCACACGCGGCUCUGCUGGCUGCCCUUAACUCGAACCUGGCGGAGCUGCAGGACCGCUUGCGGGUGGACCCUGGUCUGCAGGAAGUAGGCGUUCUUUGCCAACAAGUGCGACAGGAGACGGAGUGGUACAGGGACACGGAGGACAUCACCUGGAGCUUUGUCCAGGAGUGUCUGCUCCUGAUGGUCACCCUGACACGUCACUUAAGGCAUCUGCUGGAGUCCUUCCAGCAAGAUCGUGCUCCGCUGCAUAGCCGGACCCCUGAGGCCGCCCCUCCCCUGCCCCCUGAUGUUCUGAGUGUCGCUCAGCAACGGACGUGCCUCUACACCUCAGAGGCUAACAAGGGGAUCACUUUGGAGGAACGCUUGGCGUGCCGGAAAGCGCUUCAGAACCUGCUCCAAAAGGUCUACCAGCCAAUCGUCAUCAAGGAGCUUCUGAUCCUUCAAGGAGGGCCAAAACAGGCUCAGCCAGCCGCCCCCGGAGGGGGGGUCCCCAGGACAGCCUUGGCCCAGGCCCCUCCGUGGCUUCGGCGCCUUUGUGGGCAGCUGCUGUCGGAGCGACUAAUGCAGCCCAAAGGUGUUCAGGCUGUGGUUAGGGCCAUCUUGGAGGGAGCCAGAGCCGGGCCAGCAGGGGGCGCUGGUGUAGAAGCAGCAGCGUCAGACUGGAGGAAAUGUGAUGCAGUGGCCAGGGUACUGGCGGCCUGCCCCCAGCAGUCCCUCUCGGCAGAGGACUACUACAGCCAGGUUUGCCCUCAGGUGUUGGAGUUACUGCACUUCAGAGACAAGUUGACUGCACUGCAGUUCCAGCGAGUGGCCACCAGUGCGGCGCUCACCAUGGUCCAGGAGCAGCCCGAGCUUGCCAACCGCUACCUCCUCACGCCCCUCCUCUCCCCUCUGGUCUGCUGUGGGGGGUCUAGUGCCGGGCGGCCUGCCUCUGUGGAAGAAGAGGAGCUGACACGCUGUGUCGAGGAUGUGUACAAGAUCUACGUGGUCGGGAAUCGGCCUGGUCCAGCUCUGUUAAAGUCCCUGGCAGAAGGGAUUCCUGUCCUCUUCAGUCUGUACUGUUUCACCAUGCAGAACGUCUCCCACUUACGAGCUCCUUGCCAGGAGAUCCUGCUCUGGUACCUGUCACACCUCGAUCCUCCUGAUGCCCUGGGAUGCCUUCGGCGCCUCAGCGGUCUCAGCAGUCCAGGAAGUGUCCUGGCUCCAGGGUUUGAGUUCACACCCGGAAGUGAGGGCGGAGCUAAGCUCACGCAAAAAGUGACGGACAGUCAUGAAGAUGAUGCUCUCUAUGAGAAGGUGUCUGGGGAACAGUGGGCAGUGGACUGCCUGGUCCAGCUGCUGUGUGAGCUGAAGGACAGCCAUCUCCCCGGAGACUUCUUCCUGGAAAUGCUGAAGGACCUCACCAGCUGGGCGGAAGAGGAGGAGGAGGAGGAGGAGUGUGGGGGCACGUCGGCCAUGACGCUGACGGAGCUGGAGCGGCUGCUGUGGGGGCGGGCGGAGACCCGGGCACAGAAGCUGGUGCUCCUGCAGGUUCUGGCUGCAAUGUGCCAGGGGAUCCCCCACGUUCUGCUGCUCCGCAAGCCAGCGCAGGUGCUGAGGUUCGUGGAGGCCAUGCUGCAGAGGGCCUGUUCAGGCCUGACACCAGGCUCCGUGGGGCCUGUGGAGGACCAGACGCUCAGCAUGGCUAUGGGUCUGGUGGCCACCAUGCUGACUGGGGCUGUGGAGCUCGGUGCCAGCGACCUCGCCCUCGCGUCCUGCCUGCUGCAGCCUCUGGAGCUCAUCUGCCAGCGACACGCUGAUCCGGUCAUCCGUGAGCUGGCCUCCGACCUGCGGGUGGCGCUGGCCACACGUGGAGCCUUCUGUCCCGACACGGUGACUCAGGCUGCCCGUCGGCAUGGACCUCAGGCCGGCACGGAUCCGAAUAGCCGAAGCGAAGCCGCUGCGGAGAAGUGUGCUACCACAACCGUUAGCCACACCGCUCCUGACUCCCAGAGAGACCCCUGCGUGACCUUUGACCCCAACGGCUGUGCCAGGCCCGGUCACCGAGCCGCAGCUGCCCCAGAUUCUGGGUCACUGUCGGACCAACUCAGCUCCAGUGGGCCCCGUGUCCCACUGUCCGGUCGGACCUUCUCGGAGUGCAUUCUGGAAGCAUGUGACCCCGACAUUCCGACCCGAGCCUCAGCUCUGCGGACGCUGGCCCGGGCGAUUCGGGAGCGAGAGCCAGAGGCCCUGCGCUUUCAAGAAAAAGUCCUGAUGCUGUUCCUGGAGAAUUUGGAGCACGACGACUCCUUUGUGUAUCUGUCAGCCAUCCAAGGUCUGGCUGAGCUAGCUGACGCCUUCCCAGAUAGGAUCCUGCAGAAGCUGCUUGAGGAAUACCAGUCCGGCCCCCAUCCGGGCCCCUGCACCGGGCCCCCGAGAUCCCUGGAGACGCGCCUGAAAGUGGGCGAGGUGCUGAUGAGGGCCAGCCGCGCUCUGGGUGACCUCGCUCCUCACCACGGCCAGCCCCUGAUUGGAGCCUUUCUUCAGGGCACGAGGGACACGGACAGCGCGGUCCGCACCAGCAGCCUGUCCAACCUGGGGGAGCUCUGCCAGAGGCUGCACUUCUCUCUGGGCCCAUUGGCCCAGGAGCUCAGCUCCUGUCUCACCGCUCUGAUAAAGACCGAGAAGGAGAGGGAGGUGCGCAGGGCCGCCGUCCACGUCAUCACUGUGCUCCUGCGAGGCCUGAGCGAGAAGACCACGCAGGUCCUGGGAGAUGUUCUGCUGGACCUGUACCGGGCCCUGAAGUGGGUGGUGCGGGCGGAUCCGGACGACGUGGCCGUGCUCCACGGCCAGCUGGCCCUGGAGGAGCUGGACCAUGUUAUGAGGCGCUUCAUUUUCCCAGAGCAGAAGCUGGAGAAGAAGAUCGUGGUGCUGCCCUGAUCUGGCCCCGGCAACAAUGGAGGAGGAGGAGUAGCGGGCCUUCCUCUAAAGAUGGCCGGAGACCAGCGCCAAAGAGACCAGCGUAUAAUGAGCCCUUUUUGGCAACUACGCGCCUAUUUCAACAGUCCCUGCCUAUUUCACCGUGUGCAAAUGUGAGCUUGAGAGUGGAAUCAGAGAAACAAAAAAAAAUCACCUUUAAAAAUAUAGCGCCAGACAGCAGACAGUGAGAGGCUGUUGUGGUAUUCCAAGCCUUUUAAGUGCGAUUACCAAAUUUUUGGGGCAGGAAAAGCAUUUUGUUUUUUAGGCUUCAGACCCUGCUUGCCUUCUGAGACAUUCAGCAUUGUGUGAGCGUGUCAUGCGACGGGGAUAUCGUAACCGAAUGGAAGCUCUUGCUUUCUGUCUAAAUGUGCUCGCAUGACUGGCUGGUUCAUAAGUCCGAUAUUCAUAUCUGUGUAAGAUUAAGGCAUGAAAUGAAACCAUGCCUGGGGGGUAAUGGGGGGGUGUUCUACAGGCGCAUUUCUCGCAGAUUCUCCAAAGCCGGGAGUAUCGCUCACUGCUUACGGGACGGUUCAUGUCCUGCAGGCCCUCGCCAUGCCACCUGCGGAGCCGUGACUAAGCUGGCAGGAUGCAAAUACCCCCAGGGAGGAAAUGCGUGAUAAGAAUGAAGCAGAAAUGUUCUUUUCUCUCUCUGCCCCGGCCUGUUAAUCCGCCGCAGCUCUGAAACUAGUUGAAUCUGUGCUCUGUGACUGAAUUAAAAUGUACAGUAACUACC